AUGUCUAUUGGGUUGCUUUUUGGAGUGAUGAUUCUACACUUGAUUCCAGAUGCCUUCGAGGACACAAACGCCGCCCUGGAAUCCCUCGGCUUGAGCACUGUCUAUCCCCUUCCCAGCCUUUUGAUUGGCUCGGGUUUCUUCCUCGUGACCUUGGUCGAAGUCAUGGUCUCGUUUCAUAAUGGAGAGCUUCACGACUGCGAUAAUAUGUUCGAACAUUCGACAAGUGUCAAUGGAAUUUAUACGAUGGUUUUUGGGCUUUCUGCGCACUCGCUUUUUGAAGGACUUGCGGUUGGAUUGCAAAGUAGCGCUGCAGAUGUUUGGCUUUUGACGGCCGUAAUAAUGAUCCACAAAUGCCUCUUCGCCCUGAUCAUGGGAAUAUCGGCCCUGCGCACCUUAACCGUCACCCAAUCCGCCAUUUGCCUUUUCGUGUUUUCAAUAAGCUCGAGCGUUGGCGUCGCAAUUGGCACAAUUAUCGAGGCAAUUUCAGAAGAGUCGCCGAAAAUGGACUUGACAGUCGGGGUUUUGGAGAGCAUUUCAACUGGGACCUUCGUCUUUGUCGUUUUCAUGGAACUGGUGCCUAAGGGAAUGGACCUUCAUGCUCAAGAUGCGUUGAAAACAGUCGUGUUAGUCAUGAUCGGUUUCGGAAUUAUGGCGGCUUUUCAAGCACUAGAUCUGAUUUCUGGCUAA